AUGGCCGUUGAGACCCAGGACGCCAUCUUCUCCAUGACCCCCCCGCCCAGUGAAUUCGACGAAUUCGAUAAAAGCGCCUUGCUGACUUGCUCACCUUCCCUCCCCGGCCUCUGUUACCCUUCGCCGGCUCCUUCGAGUCGAGGGCAUAAUCCGUCCGUGUCAUCUGAGUCUAUAUACAUGCUUCCAGGCAUGUCAAUGUCCGACUCCCAAGGUCACGAUCUGCAUCCAAUAUCUUUCGACGACGCCUCGUCCGAUUCUGCCUCUUUCUUCCCUAUACCGCCUGUCACCGAUCCAGCUCUGACUGCCGACUUCAACACUUCGACCUCUGCUUCCUCGUCUUCUCUCCCCCCCAAUACCUACGCCAUGUAUGAACAGAAUCAGUGGUUUCCUUACUCCAACUAUCCGCAGCCGCCCCCGCUGCUGCCCUAUGAUCCGACCUCGUCGACACACUUUCCUACCUUUAGUAGUCACCACCAACAUCACCACCCUCACCCUUCUGCUCAUGUUAUUCCUCCUACACCUCAGGACGUUCAACCUUCGCAUUUCGACUUCAACCAACCCCCCACAUCGGGCAUCCCGUCGACCCAUCACCUGGCGGCCUCACCCGUCUUCUCUCAAGUCUCUCACCAUAGCUCACAAAGUCAUCGGGGUAGCGUUUCUUCCAUGUCACGAUCGUGUAGCCCCAUUUCGUCGCUGAGCAGAGGCGGGCAUCCUGAAUCGCUUCGCCCAGCGCUCCGUUCCAACUCCACAUCAUCCAACACCUCCCUUCACGCCUAUGGAAUCCCGGUAACUGAGCCAACGUCACUGAUCAUGACAUCGCUCCAUCCCUCAUCGCCUUCCGCACAUAAUGGCGGCGUGGCUCAAUCCUGGCGGUGUGCUUACCCAGGCUGCACGUCGCGUGCUACCUUUACUCGAGGUUGCGACCUACGAAAACACUACAAUCGACACAGCAAGCAUCUCUUCUGCCGCGUGGAUGGCUGCCCACAGAGCGAGGCUGCUGCCGCCGCGCGAGCCAAGUCUGCCGACCAACCCCUCACCGGCGGCUUUUCCAGCAAAAAGGACCGUGCCCGCCAUGAGGCCAAACAUAACCCGGGCAUCAAGUGUGAAUGGCGCGGACCUGAAGGCGAGGAAUGUGGUCGAGUCUUUUCGCGCAUGGACAACAUGAAGGACCAUGUUCGACGAAUCCACAACAAAGGCCAACAACAGCACAACAGCGGCCAAGCAUCAAGUCGCAAGUGA